UUGUACUCUGAACAAAUUGUUUGCUGUCCACUUUUUGCAAUUUAUCCAUUGCAUUAUUAACAUCAAUGCAUUGUUAUUGUAAUAUUAUGACUCCACUAUGAGAAUUAUAGGUCAUUUAAUUGUUUUCUAAAUUUUUUCAAAACAAUUCCACGUUUUCUGCUUAUUUCCGUAACUUUUUUGCAUAUGUUCAAUAUUUUAUAUUUCUAUCAUUAUGUCUUUGUUUUAUGAUGAAUGAUAUUAAUAGUUAGUUGCUUUCUAUCAACCUGUGUAGUAGUGCAAAAUAUUAACCAACAAGUCACUGGUUUGUAGAUCCCACCUAAUAUAUAUUGUAGUCCAUAGGAACAAAGAUACAUUCAUUCCAUGUAUAUAUGUACAUAUAUAGUUUAUUAUGUCUACAAUCAGCCUGUGAAGAAUCUGUGUUGUCCCAUUAAGAACAUUCUUUUCCAUUGUGUCAGACAGCAUGAUUUUCCUGGGAUCCUAACAAGCUUUAUGUGAUGAACUUUUUAGCAAAUUUGACCAAAAUCCCAUCCUAUGGAGGCAAAGUUGCCUCAUUUGGUUUUGCAUCUAGUUUUGGCAGCAAACAGAGCAUAAAAAUUUGAAGAUAAAAACACUGUUCAAGCCCAAAAGUGACUUGAACAUACUAUGAGCACCUAAAGACCUUACAGCAAACAGCUUGGAUCUUCACUGCAUGGUUCAUUGAAAAAAAAAAGCUUCCCUUUCUACCUUUUUCUCUACUAUUCUUGCUGGAAUGACCAGAUGAAGGUUGUGAAUGCAAUGAUAAGGUUGACAGCUUGAACAAACCAGGAAUACUGCUAGAAGUGGUGCAAAUCUUGUCGGACCUUGAUCUCAUCAUCACCAAAGCUUACAUCUCCUCUGAUGGUGGAUGGUUCAUGGAUGUGUUUCAUGUCACUGACCAUCAAGGGAACAAAAUUACUGAAAGUAAGACCAUUGAUUACAUAGAGAAGGCACUAGGACCUAAAGGCCAAACUGCAGAUGGGUUGAAUACAUGGCCAGGAAAGAGGGUAGGGGUGCACACCAUUGGUGACCAUUCAGCCAUUGAGCUCAUAGGGAGGGAUCGACCAGGUCUCUUAUCAGAGAUAUCUGCUGUCCUUGCUGAUCUCCACUUUAAUGUAGCUGCCGCUGAAGUUUGGACGCACAACAGGAGAAUAGCAUGUGUUCUUUACGUCAAUGAUGAUACCACAUGCCGUGCUGUGGAUGACCCAGCUCGAUUAUCUGCUAUGGAGGAGCAGCUCAAGAACAUUCUUCGUGGGUGUGAUGAUGGUGAGAAAGUGGCUCAUACUAGUUCCUCCAUGGGUUUCACCCAUGUUGACCGGCGACUCCACCAGAUGUUGUUUGCUGAUAGGGAUUACGAAGGUGGUGGGUUGGCAACAGAGACAGAUUCUCCUUGUACAUUCAAAUCAAAAAUCACAGUUGAACAUUGUGUGGACAAGGGGUACUCGGUAGUUAAUGUAAGGUGCAAAGAUCGGCCGAAACUUAUGUUUGAUAUUGUGUGCACACUCACUGACAUGCAAUAUGUUGUGUUUCAUGCCACCAUCUCAUCUGAUCGCCCCUAUGCAUCACAGGAGUAUUAUAUCCGUCACAUGGAUGGCUGCACUCUGGAUACUGGAGAAAAAGAAAGGGUCAUCAAGUGUCUUAAAGCUGCAAUUCAACGAAGAGUAAGUGAGGGUCUAAGCCUAGAACUCUCUGCGAAGGAUCGAGUAGGUUUGCUAUCUGAAGUAACAAGAGUCCUUCGAGAAAAUGGGCUAGCUGUUACAAGAGCGGGGGUCACAACAGUUGGGGAGCAAGCAAUGAAUGUUUUCUACGUGCGAGACGCUUCUGGAAAUCCGGUGAACAUGAAGACCAUUGAAGGACUUGGCAAAGAGAUUGGGCACACAAUGAUGCUUAAUGUGAAGAAAGCCCCCACAAGUGCAAAGGCACCUGAAGCUAGUGGAUGGGCCAAGACAAGAUUCUCCUUUGGUAGUCUACUGGAAAGGUUUUUGGCUUGAAAUUGUCUAUUUCACUGUGAGUCAUGUAUAGAAUAACAAAGGAGUUGGAUAAAACCUGGACCACGGAAUGUGGAAGUUCCAGAAAUUUGGGUUUUGCUACUCUUUUUCCCUCUCUCUCGGAAUAUGUGAUGGUUGAGUACAAUGGUCAUUUUGGAAAUUUGAAGAAAUGAAUAUUCCAUUCUUUUCAGUGAAAGAAAGUAAAUAUGACUCUUGAAUAGGUAUGUUGUAUGCACCUCAUUGGAAG